AUGCCUAAUAACCAAUGUUCCAAUUGUAUUGCCUUCAAUUUGGAUUGCACUCAUUCCGAACCUACAAAAAAACGUGGACCUAAGAGCCGAUACGUAGAAAACUUAGAAAAGCGGGUCCGGAGUCUGGAGGCAAUUGUUCGAAAGUAUGCACCACAUAUCAAUGUUGAUGAACUUGGAAAGUCUUCUUCGUCAAGUCCGCUCUUGUCCAGCUCCAAUGGCUCGUCCCCUGCGGCUACUAAUGAAUCCACCGAUCCAGACGAGGAAGAAGAUGAUUUUGCCCAUAUUGGACUCUCCGAACAAUUCCGGAAGAUGACUUUUAAGGAAGACACGAUCCAUCAAACAUUCUUUGGCCCAUCAAGUGGAUUCAUGCUCUUACAGAAGGCUCACGCAGCGAAGACUGAAUUUACCGGUAAAGAAUCCAUUCAUUCGAAACAUUUCAAACGCGUUGAAUAUUGGGGCAUCCACGCCUGGGAGGGCGAGUUUAAAAGUCGCUCCUCGGAGCAGUACUAUUUUCCCGAAGGCGAUUUGCUGUGGAGCCUUAUCUCGUUAUACUUUGACAAUGUCAACAUCUACCUCCCCAUCCUACAUGGUCCAAGCUUCAAAAGGUCAAUUUACGAAGGCUUACAUCUCCACGACCCCCAGUUUGGAGGUAUGGUGUUACUCGUAUGUGCCCUUGGCGCAAGGUACUCCGAUGAUUCCCGUGUCUUUUGGGUCUCGGGAAAGCAACUAUCUGCCGGAUGGGCUUGGUUUAGACAAGUACGGAUGACUCGAGGAAGCUUGUUUUCUGAAGCUAGUGUCUAUGAAAUCCAGUUUUACUGCUUGGCAACGCUAUACAUUAUAGGAACUUCCAACCCCCAGGUGUCAUAUAUGUUAGUAGGAAUAGGUAUGCGAUUCGCGAUAGAACUCGGCAUACACCGGCGGAAACCCGAAGGCACGAAGAAUACCAUUCAAAACGAAUUAGAGAAACGAGUUUUCUGGGUUUUGCUAUCGCUGGACCGCUGUGUAUGCAACUUUACUGGCCGCCCGUCGGCACUACGUGACGAAGACUACGAUCAAGAAUUACCUGUAGAUUGCGAUGAUGAAUACUGGCAAACUUCUGAUCCUGAUCUGGAGUUCAAACAGCCACCGAACAAACCAUCCAAGAUCUCUUGUUUCAUCUGUUACCUCAAGUUAUGCGAAAUUCUGGCAUUCACAUUGCGGACUCUAUAUUCAAUUAAGAAGUCGAAGUUGAUGUUAGGCUUGGUGGGAAAUCAGUGGGAACAAAGGAUCAUAUCUGAGCUUGACUCUUCUCUCAAUAAUUGGAUCAAUUCCAUCCCAGAACACCUGCGAUGGGACCCUAGUCGCGAAAAUGUUGUAUUCUUCAAUCAAUCAGCUUUCCUUCACCUCAAUUAUUAUAACGUUCAGAUUCAAGUACAUCGACCUUUCAUCAUGAAGUCGUCACUCCUGAUGUUUCCGUCGCUUGCGAUAUGUACCAAUGCAGCACGUUCGUGUAUCAAUGUGAUGUAUCGACAUUCGCAGAGAGACAGGAUGGCUUUACCACAUACUUUUUAUGCUUGCUUUGGGUCUGGCGUCGUUCUCCUGACACACAUCUGGAACAGUAAACUUGCCGGGAUGAAGAUAGACGUACCAAGAGAGAUGGCAGAUGUCCACAAAUUAAUGCAUGUGCUUAGUUUGCAUGACAAACGAUGGUCUCCUGCUGGCAGGUUUUUAGAUCUUUUCUGUGAACUUGCUCGAGGUUUGAACGAGCACGAAGAGGCGGCGACUACUACUCCACCAUCACCUCCUCUUUCAUCCCAGAGUCCCUCAGUUCACCCCGCAUAUCACAUAUGGCAGGACAUGGAUAGUAUGGAGACUGAACAAGUUCCGUCGUUACCAUUCAACACAGCCGAGCUUGGACGGGAGAGAUCUGGGUAUUUGUAUUCACCUCUGCCGCAGGUCGUGCCCCCAACUCUGCCGGCGGCUCUCCUCAAUAAUAAUGGGCAAGGGGCUUAUGUUGACGGACGUUCCCUUGGGACACCAGAGAUGGGCUACAAUGGAUCGUACCCUCAAGCGGUGCGACAUGGAACUCAUGAUCAAGGUGCUCAUGAUUAUGUUGCGAACGACUGGCAACGUCAUGAUCCACAUGCGAUGUGGCCCAAUAUACCACCUGGCAUUGAAUUCGGCCUAGAUGAAUGGGGACAUUACAUUGAGAGCUCGUUUGUUGGCGCAUCAUAA